AUGGUUAACAAAAAUCACUCAAUAUUUAAUACAGGUGAGGAAGUUAAAAUUAAAAGAUCGGCUGAAGCAGCUGCACAUUUAGAUCAUGCAAUAGAAAAGGAGUUGAUUGGUCGGUUGAAAAAUAAAGCUUAUGGUGAUACACCACUUAAUGUUAAUGAAAAGGUUUGGAGAUCAGUUUUGGAAGGUGAUAGUGAAUCAGAGUUGGCGGAUUUAGAAGAUCUUCUUCAAGAAGAGGAUGAGGAUGAAUUUGACAAUGAUGAUGAUUCAGAAGAUUCACAAGAACUAGAAGAGUAUGAAGAAGAAAUAGUUGAAGAAAAUAAUUUAAAGAAUAAACGAAAAAAUAAGAUAACAACAUUCAAACAGAAUAAAAAAUCUUGUGCUGCUUAUGUUGAAGUUGAAUAUGAGCAUGAGCAUUAA